AUGUCCGUUCUUUUCACUAGUAUCUCAGCAGAUAACCCCGUGAAGCCGGACGAUGCACAAGCGCUCCUCGAUCCGCUCGGUCUGACCAUUGACCCAGCCGAGGCGCAAGAUUUUCAUACUCUUCUCGCAGCAGUCCACGAUUGCGCGGAAGAAGUAGCUGCAUUGCCAGAUUAUCAGCCAGAUUCAAAUCUGAUCAAGUAUCCACGAGAAAAUGUGCGCCGACCAAGAGAAGAAGAGCAGGUCUUCGGGCAAGCCUGGGCCCACCGGUUUCUUAUCCGUGGUAACCCACAAGGCGGAUCUCUUGCAGGUAAAUCUGUCAGUUUGAAAGAUGUGAUUGCUGUUGCAGGCGUGCCCCAACUGAUGGGAAGCGAUAUCAUUCCAUCCUGGACACCGACUACCGAUGCAAUAGUUGUAACACGGUUGCUCGAGGCUGGUGCUGAUAUCCACGGUACGUCGACGUGCGAAAAUCUAUGUCACUCGACUUCUUCAUACACGAGUGCUCAGGGUACAGUGGAGAAUCCCCAUGCAAAGGGAUACUCCGCGGGUGGGAGUACCUCUGGCGGAGCAGCGCUGGUCGCGGCAGGCAUGGUGGACAUUACGAUUGGAGGUGACCAGGGCGGGAGUAUACGAGUUCCUGCCUCAUUUUGUGGAUGCAUUGGGCUCAAACCAACUCAUGGGCGCGUUCCAUUCACUGGGAUUGCCAGCGGUGAUGCCCUGAAUGACCAUGCAGGCCCGCUGGCCCGAACAACACUCGAUAUUGCAAGAUGUCUAGAUGUUAUCAGUGGCUAUGACGGGAUUGACGAUCGAUCCCUUGGUAGCUCGAAGCCAGGAACUACCCAAUUUGCACUGGCACUUCAACAGAACCCGAACAAGCUCGAUGGCUUCAAGAUUGGAAUUUUGGUCGAAGGAUUUGAUCAUAGUAAAAUAGAUCCGCAAGUCAAGAGUUUAGUAUUGACAGCAGCGCACAGGUUCAAGGAUCUGGGUGCAACAGUCGAGGAGGUAUCUCUUCCCGAGCAUUUGCAUGGCCCUGCCAUCUGGACUAUCCAGCAGCGAGUUGCUGGAGCGCAAGCCUUGUUGGGCCAUAGCACAGGCCGGAGAGGCUUCUAUAUGACUGAGAUGGAGCGCGCACGACUUCCAUGGACAGAUGAUGGGUUCCAACGGGCAUUCCCGUCAACAAAAAACGUUAUCAUUAAUGGUCUCUAUUUAGCGCGAAAGUUUCCAGACCUCUACGGCAAGACUGUCAAUUUUGGACGAUACCUCAGUGACAAAUACGAAGCCUUGUUUGAGAAAUAUGAUGCCUUGGUCAUGCCUACAACGCCUAUAGUUGCCCCUCAACACGGGAAGCGAGGACUCCCACUGGAUUCCCUCAGUCCUAGCAUGGGUCUUACGAUCAACACUGCCGUCUUUAAUGUGACGGGACACCCAGCUAUAACACUACCAGUUGGCCUUGCUUCAGCGCCUGUAGAUGACCAGAUCAUGCUACCAGUUGGGAUGCAGAUUGUUGGUAGAUUGUGGGAAGAGGAGAAGAUCUUGCGGGCUGCUCAUGUCUGGGAGACUCAUUUUGACUGGAAGAAGAUGCGUUGCGCUACAAAUAGAGAUUAA